AUGGGAGCAAAUGGGACGAAAGAACCGCCACGUAAUGUGUCAUUUGAAAAUCAACUUUUGAUGACUGAAGCUGCUCUACAGCAACUUCAAUCAUCAGUUGGCAAAGAUGUUCCUCAAGCAAAGAGUACGCGAACACCCGGUAUCGAUUCGUCAUCGACACCUUUGAAACCAUCGAGCACAAACGUACCAUUGCCAACGAUUGAUGCAAGUGGAACGGUCGAAACAUGGCGUGCUUUGGCAUCAUCCGUAAACGAUGCUGAAUUACAACGUCUAAGACAAGAAUACAAAGAAAAACUUGCUGAACAAGAACGAUAUAAUCGUGAGAAAUUGAGUUUAACGAAAGAAAAUCUAGCUGCUGAAAUUGAAAAAGUCGAAAAGAAGUUUUCCAAAUAUAUCUAUUCACCUAUCUGCGAAUUAGAACGUGCAGAAAUUGAACAAUGCUAUUUAGCUAAUCCCAAGCAAGUUCUAACAUGUUCAUCGAUUGCUGAAAAAUUCAUGAAAUGUGUUGAACAACAUCGUGAACAAUCAUUGAAAAUCUUCUACACGCAAGGAAAUACAUCGUCCAAUACGAAAGAAGCGCCUGAACAGCAUACCUUCGUCGAUCCACUCUCGGCUAAAACAUCGGCAGCAGCUGACGAAAAUUGA